UGCCUCUUUCCUCUUCUCAUCUUUCCCUCCCCCUUCCCCUCACACAAUACUUUCCCUCGAUCCCCCUUCCCCUCCUCACCAGCCUCGCCUCACUUCCAACUUCUACCACAGUCAUGUCCACCCUCCCUCCUACCCUCGAAACCAUAAUCCCCAAAGAUACCUCACCCGAGUCCUGGAUUGAGCACUCCGUCGGCGGCACGCAGCAUCCUUGGAUGGACCCGCGUCCUUUCAAGGGCUAUACGAAUGCGUUUAUCGUAAGGGAUGGGAAGAUCCUCCUCGGCAUGAAGAAACGCGGCUUCGGGAUUGGCAAGAUAAAUGGGUUCGGCGGCAAAGUCGAGCCCGAGGAGAGCUCGCGAGAUGCGGCGAUUCGGGAGAUGGAGGAAGAAUCCGGCAUACGCGCACCGCUCGAAUGGGCGGGGACGCUCCUUUUCUUCCUCGAGGGCGUAGAAAAGGUCUUCCACUGCGAUGUGUAUCGCGCGGAGACGUUUGAGGGGGAGGUUGUAGAGACAGAGGAGAUGCGCCCCGCCUGGUAUUCCGUCGACGACAUCCCAUACGCACAGAUGUGGGAGGACGACCCCUACUGGCUGCCUCUUCUCGUCGCCGGCACACCGUUCAUCGGGCGCGCGGACUUCGACGCGAAGCCAGGGGCGGAGGGCGAAUUUGUGAUGAGGAGAUGGUGGGUAGGGAAGCGUGAAUGAAUGAGAGUUCGGGCACGAAGGAUUACACGCGAGGUACUCAAGCAUAUAGAAUAGACAAUGGUCAAAGAGGGUGAGAUACCCACGUAUAGACGUCCCGGUACGCUUGAAGGAGAUCUAGAAAAUCCGCAUCAGUACCCUGUCAAUCCCAACUCCAAAGCAUUGCGCCAACCCCAGCUCAGACAUGUAGAAAUAUGUAUCUUCAUAAGCCACUCACCUGAUAUACGUCGUUCGUCAACACCAA